AUGGCUCGCAACGACGCUCCAGACAUGUUUAUGAGUCUCCCACUCGAGGUAAGACAUUCCAUCUUUGAGUAUCUAUCAAACCGCGCAUCGUCAUUCGGCAAGGAUAACCCCAAGCGACUUCUACUUCACUGGUUUGAGAAGGAGGAGUCCGAGGAUGUCAUGGCUGCAUACAUGCGCCAUAACCCAAACGCACGCGAGCCGCUUCUGUGUUACAGCUAUAACGACGUCAUAUGUGCAAGCGAGUAUGAUGGCAGCGAUAGCGAUACCACUGAGGAAGAUGAGACGGACACAGAAGAGGAAGAAGAGGAUGACGAGGACGAGGACGAGGACGAGGACGAAGACGACGAUGAAGAUGAAGAUGGCGAAGACAAUGGCGAAGACGACGAAGAAGUCGGCUAUCUGAACUUGACUCACACUGUUGCACAUGAUGCUUACAGCAGUUCGUAUCGGCCUCUUGUGUAUCCCAGCGGCAAGUGGCAUCAUGUUCCAGAGUUCAUAUCCUUGACCCACUUUCCGCCACCUCUCGAGCUACUCUUGACGUCCAGACAACUGAACAUCGAAGCCAAGAACUGGUUCUACAAUGUCGCUGUCUUACGCAUCAAUGCAACUCGCAAAAUUGCUCAUACAUCCUUCUUCGAACUAGCGUUGGGGAAGAUUGCAGAUGCCGCUUUCUCGCCUAUGCGAAACAUUCGAAAAGCCGAAGUGAAGUUUGUUUGGGACUCUGUCUGGAUACGUACCGAUACGACUGGCCUAGCCGAAGCCGUAUUCCCUGCUCUUCUCCAACAGCGAGCUAUCUUUGUCUACAAGAUCUUGUACGACUCUGUCCAAGAUAACGAAAGCGCCAAUCUAAAAAUGGAAGUUCUCAAACACUUCCAGACGCUGGCGGCUACGGUCCAAGUUGAGGAGCACUACCUCGCGCCCGAUGCUAAACCCAAAAAACAUAGCAUCGCUGGCAAGCGUCGCCUUGAGUUCGAGAGUUUCUUAAGUGACCUGAUGCUAGGCCAUCCUUCUUAG